AAAGAGCACGCAGCCAGAGAUGAUCAGAGGACUAAUUCUCACAGGACUGCUGGUCCUGCUUUGCCACCAGAUGGAUGUACAAGCGCACAUGUUGAGCAGACACAGUCCCGUCAGCAACAUGGCCAAGCUGAAGAGCUUGCUGCAGCAGUUUGAGGAGGCCCUGGCCACAGAAGAGGCUCCUGAGAGCGCCGUCGAUUAUGAGGACAGCAACACGGAGCUGGAGCAGAGCCCGGCUUCUGCGUCCUGGGACAGAGACAGAGAGGAGGAAGCAGCUCCGGCGGAUGGAUUUGAGACACAGAGAAGGCGCCUCAUAGAUCUCCUCAUGUCAACCCGGAGCAAAAGCCUGUCUGGUUGUUUUGGGGGACGACUGGAUCGCAUAGGGUCCUCCAGCACCCUUGGGUGCAACUCUAAAAAAGGUUAGCUAUGAUGAGUGAUACAGUGACAUUGAGAUUGCAAUAUAAAUUAUUUUACAUGUGGGCAGUUAUCCAUUAACUUUUGGGUUAAUAUUUACGUGCAUUUAAGAGAGGGAAAAAUCUCAGCUAAAUCUAAGCUAAGGUCCUGUAACUUUCACCACUUUUUCCUCCCAUUUUUAAUUACCUUCGUCUUUAAGAAGUAAUUUAACAUAGUCCUGUGUGUCAAAUGAACUUAAAAGUGAAAAAUCUCAUGUUAACUGGGAGGGGAAAAAAAAUGAAAAAAAUGUAGAAAAUGUAAAAGAUACUGGUGAUUUUCUGUCAGGAUAUUAUCUACAAAAGUCUCAUUAGUUAAUGCAAGAACUAACCUUGACUAACAAUGAGUGAUGCAUUUAUUACAGUAUUUAUUCAUCUUUUUUUAAGUUAGUUAAUAAAAAUACAACUGUUCAUUGUUAGUUCAUGUUGGCUUAGGUUCAUUAGAUUAUAUUAACAGACACAACUUUUGAUUUUAAUAAUAAAAAAUUAACAUUGAUAUCAUGUUAACGGAAUCUUAUUUUAAAGUGCUGCCUAUAAAACACAAUACAAUCUGUAAUAUGUGGGGGAAAAAACACCUGUGAAAAAUAAGAAAAUGUCUUUAUGUUAACAUUAACAGCACACUGGGCUUUCAUAUGUUAUAAUAUAAUAAUAUUGGGCCUUUUAUAGUAUAAAUAUCAGUGUAUGAGUUCAUAAAAACUGCAUGUAUUGUCAUUACAGUCAACACAGAAAAUAAAUUUCCAGAUUAGAAAAUGAAGAUGAAAUUAAAAUGCUACAAAAUGCAUGUUAAACUGUGUGGAUAUUUUUGUUCAAGUCUUGAAACAUGGAAACGAAUGUAACCAGCAAGACUUUGUCUAUAUUUUGCAAUGCCUGUUGUGCUUUAUGUUAUCUGAUGGUUCAUAUUUGUUUGAUAUUUAUUAUGUACAAGUAUUUGAGUGCUAAUAAGUCUGUUGAAAUACAUGGCAAAAAUCACGUGCAUGAAUAAUGCUUUACAUAUUCUGCAUUCAUUUAAGAGGUUCAUGAGAUUGCAGCACUCCUGUCUGUUGUGCAAUUCUGCUUUUAAUGUAGAAUAACAGACCCUGAUAAACAUGAAUUGCUAUUUGUUUGUGCUGUUAUUCCUCUUGUCACAUUUCUACAGCUGAAACUGUACUUAGAAAUAAAAUGUAAAAUACCA